GAGAGUUGUUGGCUGGGAAAUGGCGGCCGUGGGCUUGGUGGCUGUGGCAGCCGCUGCGGAGUACUCUGGCCCAGUGGCGUCCGGGGGAAACCUCUCCGGUGCAAACUGUGGACCGAGCCCUGGGCUAGGCCCUGGUCCUGGCCCGGGCUCGUGGAGCCGCUCUGUCGACCGAGCCCUGGAGGAGGCGGCGGUCACCGGGGUGCUGAGCCUGAGCGGCCGGAAACUGAGGGAGUUUCCCCGGGGAGCGGCCAACCACGACCUGACGGACACCACCCGGGCCGACUUGUCACGAAAUCGCCUCUCAGAAAUUCCUAUGGAAGCAUGUCACUUUGUCUCUCUGGAAAGUCUUAACCUAUACCAGAAUUGUAUUCGGUAUAUCCCAGAGGCCAUUCUAAACUUACAAGCCCUGACAUUCUUAAAUAUUAGUCGGAACCAACUCUCGACAUUGCCAGUACACUUGUGUAAUUUACCAUUGAAAGUCUUAAUUGCUAGUAAUAACAAAUUGGUCUCACUUCCUGAAGAAAUUGGACAUCUCAGACAUUUGACGGAACUUGAUGUGAGCUGCAAUGAAAUUCAAACUGUACCUUCCCAAAUUGGUAAUCUGGAAGCCUUGAGAGACUUUAAUGUAAGAAGAAAUCAUCUAGUACGCCUGCCUGAAGAGCUGGCGGAAGUGCCUCUGAUACGACUAGACUUCUCGUGCAAUAAAGUCACAGCCAUCCCCGUGUGCUACCGGAACCUGAGGCACCUCCAGGUGAUCACCCUAGAAAACAACCCACUGCAGUCACCUCCUGCACAGAUAUGUAUAAAAGGCAAAAUCCACAUAUUUAAAUACCUGAACAUACAAGCUUGUAAGAUUGCUCCAGAUUUACCAGAUUAUGAAAGGAGACCAUUGGGAUUUGGCUCAUGCCAUGAAGAACUGUACUCACGUCCUUAUGGAGCCCUCGAUUCAGGCUUCAAUAGUGUGGAUAGUGGGGACAAGAGGUGGUCAGGAAAUGAGCCUACAGAUGAAUUUUCAGAUUUGCCUCUUCGAGUGGCAGAGAUUACUAAAGAGCAGAGACUUCGGAGAGAGAGCCAGUACCAGGAAAAUCGCAGCAGUGUGGUAGUCUCAAAUGGUGGAGUGGAGCAUGAUCUGGAUCAGAUUGACUACAUUGACAGCUGUACUACAGAAGAAGAAGAGAACGAUGUCAAACAGCACAAAGGCUUGGAUGCCAACAGUCUCAGCUCACAGUUCAUGGCAUACAUUGAACAACGGCGGAUCUCCCAUGAGGGUUCACCAGUAAAGCCAGUAGCUGUUAGAGAAUUUCAGAAAACAGAAGACGUGAAAAGAUACUCACAUCUAAGCAGGGUUCCAGCUGAGCCAUCCUCCAUGUUAUCACUGCCACCAAACCACAAUCGGCUUUCACAUUCAGACUUGGAGCUUCAUCAGAGGAGAGAACAGUCAGUCGAGUGCACUCGGAGAGAGGCACAGCUCGCAGCCCUGCAAUAUGAGGAGGAGAAAAUAAGGACUAAGCAGAUUCAGAGAGAUGCUGUCUUGGACUUUGUCAAACAGAAAGCGUCACAAAGUCCACAGAAACAGCAGCCUCCUGGAGAUGGUGAGUGUCCCCUCCCAUCCCGAAGGUCUCAGCACACAGAUGAUAGUGCCCUGUUAGUGUCGCUGUCAGGCAUGGAACGAGUAAGCUGCGUGGCUACCCUGCCUCACUCUUCUGCCUUCACACCUCUUAAGAGUGACGACAGAGUCAAUGUCACCUCAAGCUUUCCUACGACAGAGACAGUCCAUCAUUCCCCUGCAUAUUCUUUUCCUGCUGCUACCCAGAGAAAUCAGCCCCAGCGCCCUGAAAGCUUCCUUUUCCGAGCUGCCGUUAGGGCAGAAACCAAUAAAGGGCGUGCGUCACCCCUUCUGUCCUCUGCACCUGACCCUGCAGAUCCUGUAACAAGACAGAGAGAAGAGGAGCUGAAAUUAAUAGACCAGCUGCGCAGGCAUAUUGAGUACCGAUUAAAAGUAUCUCUGCCCUGUGAUCUUGGAGCAGCUCUGACUGAUGGUGUUGUACUUUGCCACUUGGCCAAUCAUGUUCGGCCUCGAUCUGUCCCAAGCAUUCAUGUCCCAUCUCCAGCCGUGCCUAAAUUAACAAUGGCAAAAUGCAGGCGAAAUGUGGAGAACUUCCUGGAAGCUUGCAGAAAAAUCGGUGUACCCCAGGAGCAGUUAUGUUUGCCUCUGCACAUUUUAGAAGAGAAGGGGUUGAGCCAGGUUGCCGUGACUGUCCAGGCCCUCCUGGAACUUGCCCCACCCAAGCAGCAGCAGCAGCAGCAGCAGCAGCAGCCCCCACCCCAGCUCUCUGCUGUCUGAGGACUCCCAGGGCCCUGGGUAUUGACACAGCCAAAACAAGGAACAGGAGGAUGCGAUUGCUGGCCCCGCCUGCUCACACAGCCCUGUGCGUUCCUAGAAGCCCUGUCUUCAUGAUUCCUGCCAGGAAUGUUUGCUUCAUCUCUCCAUUUUAGGGGAAAUUAUUUCCACUAUUUUUUGUUUUUAAUGAAGACACAAUCCUCUUAAGUGGAACUUUGAUUACUGAGGACUCAACAUGGAAGCCUAAGCUGGCUCUGCUUUCUUCAUGGGGAGCAGGCUCAUUUUUCAUGCCAGAGACAGGAUCUUGGAAGCCGCAUAUUUCUCUCUCAGAAGACAGACACGCUGCUGUCUUUCCAGUUCCCCGGGUUCUACUGCUCGCUGGUUUCCACAGUUGGGCUUCAUUCUCCUGGAGCAUUUGUGAAAUCCAGAUUUGCAUCAGAGGUUUUGGCUGUGGCCUGGGAACCUGCAUUUCCAGCAGACGUUGCAGUUGCUCUCAGGCAGUAGAAACUGUGCCAAGACACAUAGUUAUGUGGUUUGGGUACCACCCUGCUGCACUUUUCAACUGCAUUCAAAUCAAAGGCUGUGUUAUGAUGACUUGGACAAUUCUGUCAAAGAGAACAAAAAUAAUAGAGAAGCCCUCGAUUUUGCACUGUAUAACAGUUAUUUAAAACCAGUGUCCAGGCCUCUCCACAGCCCUGCCCACUCCCACCCCAUCUUUUUCUAGAGGGUGGUUCUGUGCAUCACCCUGCCAUUUCCUAAACACAGACACUCUGCACACAGUUCUAAGCUGUACAGUGUAACCUGCACUACUCAACAGUAUUUGCAUUUGCCUCAGUGAACCCUGCAUGCUGAUCCCAGGGCACCUGAACCAGGCGUGGCAGAUGCAGUAACAGCUCCCUGGCUCAUGGGACACCGAACACAACGCCAAAAGAGGUGAAGGAAGCCACACUUCUUAGAGUCCUUGCAGGUGACAGCCAGCUUCCUUAGCUUUAAGAAAGCACUCGAGCAGCUUCCUGUCUCUCAUCUACCCCCUCCCCCGUCCACUGCCUGUGCCUUACUCCUUUGCUGUGAGCAGACAACAGAAGGACCUAGGGCUCUAGCACAAAGUAGGCGUCUUCGUGUAAACCUAAGUACACAGGCGUUUCUUCCCCUGGGUUUUGCACACUUGUUAGUUGUUGUGUCUUUGCUGUGGCCAGUAGAGUAAUUACAUAAAAGCUGUUUCUUAGGGUAGCCCCUGCAGUCUUCCCAAGGCUUGCAUUUGAGAACAGUAUUUACCCUGUGCAGCAUCCAAAGGUAAUAUCUUCGAUACUGGACCAUGUUCCAUCCCCAGCACUACCGGAGUAAGGUGCAGAGAGGCACAGGAGCCUGUAAUUCCAGAAGUGGGAGCUGGGUGGUCAGGAUUUGGCCAGAUGCUAGGCAGCUACAGGCCACCUGGGCUACAUUAGACUGGCUGAAGCGCUUCCUCAGCAGCUGAGAACACUUCCUCCUCUUGCAGAGAGUCAGGGUUCAGUUCCCAGCACCCUGCGAUGACUUCCUCGGGUACCAGGCAUGUACAUGGUACACAUACAUACAUGAAGGUAAAAUAUUCAUACAUGUAAAAAUAUUUAAAAGUAUCCUUUCCCUAAAAAAAAAAUCCUUCCUCUAAAAGUGACUUUGAACAAAAUCAUUUUGAGUAAUCAAAAUAAUUUCUCCUUGUUCAUGCAGAGAAGUGUUUAUUAGAACAUUGCCACGUUAUCCAAGUUUAAAAGCAUGUACCAGCAGCCAGGUAUGGUGGCACAUUCCUGCAACUCAGGAGACUAGGGCAGGAGCAUUAUGGAUUUAGGGCCAGUCUUGGCUACGCUGCAAGACCUUAUCUCAAGAGACAGUAAGUAUAACAUAGAGCACCUGGGCUCCUGGCCAGCCCUUCAGGGGCUUGUCCACCAGCAGCUGUGCUUCUGGGCUCUAGCUAUGCUUCCUUCUAGUCAGCAUGAAACCUCAGCACCAUUUCUAACUUGUAGCUUUUGAUGUUGUUUAGAAACGAGUCCAGAAGACAUUACAUAAUACAACACUUGGAGCAGCUCUGAGAGUUCCAGAGAGUAGGCUGAUAUUGCAGAGCGUGGAGGCUCAUGCCUUUUUACCCAGCCUUUGAGAGACAGGGGGCAGAGCUCCUCUACCCAGUGAGCCCCUACCUCAGAAGAAAGAGGACACAUUAAUAUUUCAGUUUUUCAUGUGAGGCCUUACUGUACUUACCAAGUUAAUUCAGAUUUAAUCAUUAGGAAGCAUUUGCACAGUUUUAGCUGUGGUUGUUAAAGUUCUGAGUCAGCAUAUAACAAACCGGGUUUUCCAUUGGUCUUUUGUGGCUUCAUAUAUAUGUUUCUAAAUUGGAGAGAACAAUACAUUUUUAUAGUUAACCUUGCUAAAGACCCCAGUGUAAGAUAAAGUUAGUCUUAUCAUAGUCCACUGACCGGAAAUGGCUGUCCUACCAGUGCUGACGGUGAACAAACCAAGUGCCUGCCUGGCCCUGCCCCGCCACCUACGGAGAUGUCAUGUCAGCGGUCUCCAGACUUGCAGAGGCGUCUCUGCCUAGCCCUCGGACCAGGCUCCUCCUGUAAUGAGCAGGUCUGAGGCACUCGCUAGAGGGAUGAAGAGACUAGAAAGGGCAGAGCGGUGGGUGUUUCCCAGCUGCUCUCUAAGUACCCUUGCAGCUAUCAAGGGUCUGUAAUCCGCCUCCCUCCAGUCAGCAGUGGCCGAUGGUGCGCCGUGCUGAUGAGUGUGAAGGACUGAGGACUUGGAUGGUUGUGAAAUGAAGGAAAACCUGCUCCUUUAGAAGCCUUGUAUAUACACAGUGCAGCGAGACGGUUACAGCAGAUUUGACUUCUGAAAUGUUACAUGUAAUUAGUAAAAGGUUUUGUAAACAUUGUCCUAUAUUUGUAUGUCUGUAAAUAUAUUGUGUAAGUUCUAAGUAUAAAUAUGUUGAUACUGUGUAUGUUAUUUUAAGUUGCCUGUAUGCCAUCUUAUAUGUGGACAUUAAAAUAAAAGCCAA